UACAUUGACUACAUGUACGCCUCCAGAGUCCGAACGGGAUAUACACGUUACUCAUAACCGUCGCGAACCAACAAUUGUCAAUAAUGUCCUAUCUGGCAGACGCCCUCAAGGAAAAAGGCAACCACGCGUUCCGAGAGGGCGAUUACCAUGCGGCCGAGGACUUCUAUACCCAAGCCAUUCAAAAGUACUCCAAGAACCCACUCAUAUUCACCAAUCGAGCCAACGCGCGACUGAAGCUACAAAAAUGGGACGACACGGUCAACGACUGCUUAAAAUCGAUUGAAAUCACCGGCCCCAACGGCCAAAACCACAAAGCAUGGUAUUUUCUCGCCCAAGCACAACUGGCCCUCCACCAUCCCCACGAAGCUCUCUCUUCCGCUCUAAAAGCCUACGAGCAAGUUCUCCAUCCCGCCCCAGCCGCCAAAACCAGUCCCUCAGACCUCCAAACUUUUUCCGCAUUUGUGCUGCGGUGCAAGAAAGAAAAAUUCCGCGCCCGCGAUCGCGAACGUUUACGACGACAGGGGGAAUUGCGCGCCGAAUUGGAGGAAAUGCUGGAGAAGCAGCGUCAGCAAGACCUCGAUCUGGUGGCGGAAGAAUUGCAUCGUGGGAAAUUGGGCCAGGUGGAAGCUUCGGAACGAAGUGAAGAAGUCCGAGGGAAUUAUGAGAAGAAAAUUAAUUCCCUCAGGACGGUGUUUGAGAUUGCGGAACCGCAGAAUAAUACUCCGCGCGAAAUUCCGGAUCAUUUGGUGGAUAUGAUUACGUUUGAACCGAUGCAUGAUCCGGUGAUUACGAAGAAUGGCCACUCCUACGAGCGAGCGACAAUAUACGAGCAUUUGAAACGCACACCCACCGAUCCCCUCACCAGAGAUUCCUUAAAAAAAGAAGACCUCCGAAGUAAUUUCGGCCUCAAAGCCGCCUGUGACGAAUUCUGGGACAGUGGUGCUCGAGAAUGGAUUAUCGACUGGUGACAAUUGACGGGUCACAGGGUAGAGUAUCAUGACGAGGAGCAUGGAGGAAGACGACAACUUCGUCAUGUUCUUGUGGACCCUGUGAUUGAUCACUCGAAUGCGAGAGUGAUGUCGUCGUCGGAGGAGGAAGGGGAGGAGAAGCAGCGAGCGGUGGGAUUGGGAGAGCGGGUUAAGAAGAUGUGGAUGGCUCGGAAGUUUUUUGCGAGGAGAGAGGAUUAGGAGGAGUGGUGGUAGGUGGAUUGAUUGAGUGAGUGAGUGAGUGAGCGAGGAGGGUAGAGUAGGUAGCAAGCAUU